AUGUUUACCAGUAGCACAGAUCACUGCCGCUCGGCCGCAGCAGAGCGUGGCAACCACCGUGCCCGGGCACCGCCAGGCCCUUCCGUCUCAGCACGGCGCUGCCAGCACGGCCGGACAACCGGGAGCCACGGCACCCCACGGGGGGCAUGCGCACCCCACGGCUCCCCCACAGUCAGAACCUCGCUCAGGCCCCGAAGCUCGGCCAGGCGAGCUCCGGGCCGGCCGCCCCGCUCCCGGUGGCGGGUGCAGCCUCAGCCCCGGGCCCAGCCCCGCAGCCCCCGGCUCCUCGCCCCGCACCGGGACCCGCCCCCCGGGCGGCCCGGCAGCACCGCCCCUCCGCCCUCCCACCCCCGCAGCGCUCCCGGCCCCCCGGACCGCGGGAGCCGCUCCCCCGCCGCCCCCGUUCGGCUCCCACCGCGGCCCGCGCGGCGCCCCGCGCACACCCCCGGCGGGGCGAGCGGGCCUCCGCCGGCGCGCCCUGCCCGGCCCGCUCCCAUUGUGGCGGCGGCCCCGCAGCGCUGCGCUCUCACCUGGGCGGCGGGCGGGGGCUGCGGCCCGGCGGCCCCGGGAGCUGCGGCCGCUCCGGGAGCUGCGGCCGUCCCGCCGCCUCCUCCCGCCUCCGCCGCUCCUCGGGCUCCGCCGCCGCUCGGGGCCGCCCCCCGUCGCAGCGCCCGCCUCGUCCCCCGGGCAGCAACAGGCGCCUCCGCCGCGAAGGUUCCGCAGGGCGCAGAAAGGUUCCCCCCGGCCCGAGGGGUGCCGGGGCUGGAGCGGGAUGAGGGGCCCGGGCUGUCCCUGCCGCUGCCAUCGGCUGUGAGGACAGCGACUGCAGGGGGCAACCCCCCAGCGCCCGCGGAAAGUGCUAAUUAG